CAUUGACCAGCGCCGCCUGUCUCAUUCUUCAACCGACGCGCACCAACCACCACCACCACACGCCAUCCAUCCCCUCUCUCACCAUGCGCGCCCUCUUCGUCAUUGCCCUCGCCAUCACUCUCACGGCGGCCGUCUUUGCGGACGAUGCUGCUGUGGACACAUCGGAUGUGCAGCACAUAGAGCAGCGCGAGCAGCCUGAGCAGCCGCAGCAGCAACCCAAGGCGUUCAGACAUGCGGUGAGUCAAGAUGCACGCGCAGGGAGGGACGUACGUGACGGGGUGUGCAUGAGUGAGGUGGUGGGGGGAGGGAGAUCUGACAUAGCGGGCGGUGUGCGAGGUGCGUGCGGGUGGCGCAUGUGCCCCGAUGCAGUGAAGACAGGCAGGCGUCCGUGUGUGAGAGACAGAUCAUCAUGUUGGUCAUCCCGUCGUCCUCCUGUUUGCGUGUGUCUUGUGCGCAGGAUGCCACUGAGCUGCUGUCUGCCGAGGCCGAGGCUCCCCGUCUUGAGGCCACUGCUGGCUACAAGGCCUCCACACCCACCACCAUCGGCAGAACAGUCCUGUGGGUCGGCUUCGCCUGCAUGGUCAGCCACUCGCCUGUCUACACAGACAGAUCUCCCAUACAUGUCGAUUGGUGUCUGCGUCACCGUCACCUCUGUCUUUGUGUCUUGUGUGGUGUGGUGCGGUGUGGUUUGGUGUGGUGUGGUGUGUGUGCAGGCUCUGUCCACCCUGUAUUUCGUCCAACAAGCAUACAGCUUUGAGAUCUUUCAGAGGAAGGUAGGUACCAAAUCCUUGUUUGUUGUCCACAGCCUGAGGCACCUGGCGGCACACGUCUGUGUCCUGUCGUCAUCGCCAUGUCAGUUCCACUACGUGUCGGCGGGCAUCACGGGCAUCGCGGCGCUGGCCUACCUCUGCAUGUCGCUCGACAUCGGUGUCUCCUCCGAUGAGGGCGGCCGAUCCUUCUACUGGGCUCGCUACGUCGACUGGACGCUCACGACGCCCCUGCUGCUGGUCGACCUGGGCUUGCUGGCGGGCGUCCACUACAAUGAACUCAUCUGUAAGGGGCGAUGCUCCCACACGGACGUCUGUUGAGUGCUCAUGUCUUUCUGUGUCUGUGUCUGCGGAUGGGUGGUGUCAGAUGUGAUCAUCAUGGACAUCCUUAUGAUCGUCGCGGGCCUCAUUGGCGGCCUCUACGCGGUGAGCCGCCGCCCUCACGCAACGCACACGCCAAAGGGGGACAGACAGACAGCCGUACUCACUCAUUGGUGUGUCCGUCCAUUGUGAUGUUAGGAUGACCCGUACAAGGGGUGGCCGCUCUUUGUGUUCGGCAUGAUCGUCUUCCUGCCCAUCAUCCUCUCGCUCACCACUUCCAUGAAGGAAAAGGCGCUCUCCUUCGCAUCAGGUGUACACACACACACCAUCACCCCUGACGCACACGCCCCCUCACACACACAAGUGGCUGGCUGACGCACUCUUGACUCUUUCUCUGUGUGUGUCUGUGUGGUGUGGUGUGGUUUGUUCAGAUGUGGGUGCUCGGUUCAACCAGCUGUCGGUCAUGACGGUGCUGCUGUGGAGCGCCUACCCCGUCGUGUGGGUGAUUGCCGAGGGCACCAAGGUCAUCCCCGUCGACCUCGAGAUCGUCCUCUACGCCAUCCUGGACGUGUCGGCCAAAUGCCUCUUCGGCUUCAUCCUCCUCGCCAACAGAUCCCUCAUCGAACGCGCCACCGGGCAAGCCCUCGCCGCUCAGUAGACAGACUCGUUCUGUAGGCUAACUAACUAUUUUCAUUGUGCGUAAUCUUUAUCGAUGCAUUGGUGUGGGGUGCGUGGGCGUCCGCGCGAGUCUGUCUGUGUGUGUGUGGUGAAAGGAGAGAGGGGGAGGGAAGGAGGCACCUGUAACGUAUGUAGAACUGUCCGCCUGGCUGGCCGUCGUGGUCUCUCUCUGUCUGCGUGUCUGUCUUUCCCUCUGUGUGUCGCUAUCUGCUGUCAUGUAUCUGAGUGUGUGUGUGUGUGUGAGAGAGAGAGUGCGUGUCUGAUGAGCUGCUACCACGCAGUGCCGCUGCGUCUGGUGAAG